GAGGACAAAUGCCAGUUUAAUAAUUCGAUAUUUGACCCAUGUCGCAGCAGAUUAGGUACAGAAUACAUUUAAAAAGAAUUCUUUUGGGACUUCCGGUGACUAUGGCUGGUUGAGGACGUGUUUUCACUGAGCUCCCGCUCCCACACGAUACUACCUGGUCAAUCUACAAUUUGAGGGCUCCCCCUUGAAACCCGGUGAACUAUUGGAACCAGUGGUAAUAAAUAGGUGAACUUUGAUGGUGUUUAACGAUGUCGAAACAGACGAAACUUCAGUCAACGAAAUUGUCAACCGUGCCAGCUGCUAAUGCUAGCUCUGCUAGCGAAUCCCCACCGACGAGCGAAGUACCUCCCCCGGCUAUGGAUACUGCAGCUCUGAUACAUGAGGUAACCCAGAGUCUCAGCAGCGUUAUAGAUGAAAAGCUCUCUAAGAUUUCAGAGACAUUGGAGAGGAUCUCCUCAGCUUUAGAAGGCCAGUCCAGGCGUAUCGCAGAGACGGAGCAGCGAGUAUUGGACGUGGAGGACACGGUAGCAGGCCUGGAAGCGAGACUAGCCGAAGCAGAGGGGAAAAUUAAGGCGAUGAAUGACAGCGUGGACGACAUGGAAAACCGGAGUAGACGGGAAAACAUCCGCAUUCUCAAUCCGGAGGAGGGCACAGAGGGGAGGCGUCCCAUACGGUUCUUUGAAUCCUGGCUUCCGAAUAUUCUCAGUCUGGAGUCGACUCCAGGCAUUAAAAGCUGCAUCAAGAUCGACAGAGCACAUCGCAGCUUGGGCCCACGGGGAUCACGCCCUCGACCGAUUAUUAUCAAACUACACAACUCAAGAGACAAACUUAGGAUAAUGACCGCAAUGAGGGCGAAGCCAAACCUAGAAUAUGAAGGUAAACGGUUUUCCAUCUCUCAAGACCUGUCUAUGGUGGUCCGGGAGAGACGCCGUGCCUUUAAUAAUGUGUGCCGAAUCCUCAUCGAUAAGGGUAUCCGUUUUAACAUGCACUUCCCGGCCACGCUCAUCGUGCACCAUGACGAUGCGGAACACAAGUUUAACACACAGGGGGCUGCGGAGGCUUUUCUUAACACACUGGAAUAAAGCCAAAGGAGAACUCUACUCUUUGAUUCUCUUCUGUGUGGAAUGAUUUGUCAACGUUUUCCUUAACAACACCCCCCAAAAAAGAUACAGCUGGCGAUUAAGACAUCGUGGUCCUGGCCCGUUGUACAUGAUGGACCAAGCACACAUCUUCCCUGCUGCAUAAUACUUUUUACUGGACAGCAAUUCUUACUGUAAGUAAAAAGCAAGUUUCCAGGCUGUCCUUCCAAAACCACCAUGGAGGUCUGAAGGUCAAUCAUGAGUAGACUGCAGGAAAAAAAAAAAAAAAAAAAAAA